AUGAAUUUCAUCAAAAAUCGCAUUGACCGCCCGGCGGUCCCCCUUCCAAAGCCCUUAGUCUACCGGCAUAUUGAUCUUAGACCCAAAUCGAACAAGCUCAACACCAAAAGCAUCCACGAGACUCUCAAUGGAACACUUGCCUCCCGAGAGCCAUACGUGGUAACAGCGAUAGCUGAAGGACGUGGCCAUGCCUGUCUGGAAAUAGGCCUCGCCGCUAUCGAUGUUUCGGCUCCGGUGCUAAGGAUGACUCAAUUCAGCGACAACUUUUGGUACUCGAAUGUUCUAACCUCUCUGCAAGCGUUGAAUCCUGUUGUGAUAUUUUUCAGUGAUCAUUCGUUGAACGCUAAGGUUUCCACUUUGCCCGGCAUUAUUCGACAAUUUUUACCCGAUGUUCAAAUUGUGGGACUCCCGAGGAGCUAUUUCAACGAUUACAAUGCGGAGAAACACUUGGAUGAUAUCUGCAGUUUCAGUUAUCGAGCCGUGAAGGAAAUCGUGUGCCACAAAUACUACGGAUUGGCAGCUGUUGGAGCGAUAUUGCGCCAUUGCUUCGAGAACGGUUUGUUCCGAAUCGCUCCCAAGUCGUUGCAAUUCAGAUACUUGAACAAAAGUAAUACUCUAGCGAUUGACGUCGAAUGUGCGACCCAUCUGGAGCUGAUUUAUUCGCUGCGCAAGAUGAGUGAUAAGCAUUCGUUGUAUCAGUUGUUGAACUACUGCAUUACGAGUGUGGGCAAAAGGCACCUGCGUGCGAAUCUGCUCGAACCGAGCAGCAGUCGGGAUGCUCUGGAGUCGCGUUUGAACUGUAUCGGAGAGCUACUUCGAAAACCGGAGGUUUUGGCCGGAAUACAGAAAGUUCUCCACGGUGUGGUGGACAUUGGAGGGUUAAUGAAGCUAGCUUUGGAUGUUGAUAACAUGAAAACAACCAAACAAAACACAAUGCACGUAUUGCAUCAAGCUAUUACUUUGAGAAACGCUUUACGAUGCGUCCCUGAGCUUUUGUCAAUACUUCAGAACGUUGAAACGUCGUUGCUUAUCGAGAUCCGGCAUACUCUCUGCAAUGAAACGUACAAGAAUCUUUCCGAAAAGAUUAACUCAGUGUUGGACGCGAAGGGUGACAAUCUACAAGCAACGGCCGACUACCACAGGCUGUUUUUAGUGAAAGCCCGAGUUUCCUCCACUCUCGAUGUACUCAGAGGACUUUAUUCGGAGGUCAUCGAUGAAAUAAGAGAAUACGUUGCUAGUUUAACACGCGAGUUACGACUUCUACUGAAGAUGACUUUCACAAAGACACUAGGUUACCACAUUCAAGUGUGUCUAAAAGAAAACACUCCAACUCUUCCCGAAAUCUUCAAGUUGUUGAAUCGCUCCGGGAAACGGUUAAGUUUGACCACCAAUCAACUGCAAGCGUUUAACGAGCGAAUCAAUGGUGUAAUUCGAGAAAUCGAGCUGGUCAGCUAUGAAGUCAUCAAGCAUCUGAUAGAACAAAUCCGUACAGAUGUGGACCCUAUCUAUGUUCUGGUGGCACAUGUUACAGAUUUAGAUCUACUGCAGUCCCUGGCUGUUGUCAGCCAAGACAAGCAGUACUGCAGGCCUUCCUUUGGAAGGUCGACUAAGGUUGUCUCCGCACGACAUCCUCUGUUGGAAUCGUACGGAGAAAUUGCGAAAGUGGUCAAAAAUAACAUUAUAGCUACUCCCGAAUACAACGCGUUCAUCGUAACUGGUCCAAAUAUGAGCGGCAAAACGGUUUACAUGAAAACCAUCUGUGUGCUACAGGUCAUGGCACAACUAGGCUGUCAUAUACCCGCAUCCAGUGCAGAGUUUCGAAUCGCUGAUCGCUUGAUGGCCAUUUUUGGAGCAGCCGAACACGUCGAACAGGAUCUUUCCAACUCCUCCCGACUGACUAAAAAACUGGAGUUCAUUUUCUGCAGUCUAACGAUCCACAGUUUGAUUGUUAUUGAUGAGUUUUUUGGGGAUACUCAAUGUCCGGAUGUGUGCAGUCCGGAAUGGAAGCGGUUGGAAAGUUUGGUCAGCUUCAUUGGGUUCGAACCCGAAGCGUCUUGCAAGAGUUUAUCUGCCGUGCGAAGACCGUUCAUUUAUCUCACAACACAUUGCCAUGACAUGUUAAGACCCUUGGAACACCUACACAACGUAUCCCGUUUAUGUUUACAAACCGAAACGUUACACGUCGGUGGAUAUGAUCGUCUGCGCUACAAAUAUACCGUUGCGGAGGGGAAAACCAACGUUAAGAACUACGGGAUUUCACUCGCACGAUGCGUUCGUAUUCCGGAGAGUGUCAUCUUGCGGGCGGAAGCCGUGUGCGAACGGCUGAAACGUAGUUCCCUUGGAUGCGUACCUGUUCCGCAUAAUUCAACGACGCUGAACGAAACCUUUUCAACGCAAGCCAACAUUCAGCGCUUCGAUAAACGACUGUACGAUUUUCACGCUCAGAUCGCCGUGGUUCUUGCGGAAACCGAUGCAGAUGAUCUACAGACUUUCGGGACACGUCUCAACGGGUUGUUGGAGGGAUUUGUCGGUUCACUCCCAGCGGAAGUGGUCGAGUAUAUUAGGAAAACUCCACUGCCAUCGUUACUGCGAAGAGAGCGACCACUGCCCGGGGAAAGUUUUGCCACCCAGGGCACGAGUGUGCGAAUGGAGGAAGGAAGUGAUGCGGAAACAAUUGAUAAUGACGAAGCUAUAGAAAUAGAUGAAACCAUAAGGUUCGAUGAUCAUUCAGAGGAAUUUGGAGAUAUUAUGUAA